CUCAUCCUCGAUGGUUUUUGUUUAUGUUUUGGUCAAGUGUUUCGUAUGUUCGUUUUGUUUAUUUCUGUUAUCUGCACUCGUUAUGCUGUGUGUAAGUAAGUUGUAAGCAGUAAUUGUUAUCUUCAGUAUGGAAAAUAUUUCGCGAAACCUCCGUUCAAUGUUGCAAGCGUAUGGACCUUAUCCACUGCAUAAAGCUGCCGAGCUUGGACACAAACAAAACCUAAUUUUUUUACUGGAAAGUGGAUUAUCUCCGAAUCAAACAAAUUAUGAUUGCUUGACGCCUUUACAUGAGGCUUGUAUCCAAAAUCAAGUUGAAUGUGCUGAAAUUUUAAUCAAUUAUGGAGCAAAAGUAAAUGCAACUAGUUUGGAUGGAGGCACACCUUUAUGUGAUGCAUGUGCUGCUGGAAGUGUUCCUUGUGUAGAACUGUUAAUGAGAAUGGGUGCAGAAGUGAAUCCACCAUUGGCUCUCAGUACACCUCUGCAUGAAGCUUGCUUAAAAGGAAGUUUGGAUUGUACUGCACUUUUAAUUAAAGCUGGAGCCCGACUGAAUGCCAAUGACUGCCAUUUUGGCACUCCUCUUCAUGCUGCUACAAUUAUGAAUCAUCCAGCAUGUGUGAAACUACUUUUGCAAGCAGGUGCUUUUGUUAAUGCUACUAAGAUUCAUGAAACUGCUUUGCAUAUAGCUGCAAGAGAAGACUAUGUUGAAGUUGCUCGAGUCCUAAUCGAAUAUGGUGCAAAUGUAUUUGCUAGCAAUAACCAAAAUAAAUUGCCAAUUGAUUUGCUUCGAGAAGCUGAAGGCCAGAUUUAUGAAUUAUUAGUCUUGCAUUCAG